UCCUAGCCCGCGGCCGCCGCCCGCCUCCGCCUGCCCCUCCAGCUCCUUCGCCCCGACCCGGCCGGCCGGCCGCCCGCCACUUCCGGCCGCUCACCUGGGACGCGCUCACCUGGGACGCGCUCACCUGCCUCUGGGCGCCUGGGCAGCAGGAUGAAGGACCGGCUGGAGCAGCUGAAAGCCAAGCAGCUGACACAGGAUGAUGAUGCUGACGAGGUCGAGGUUGCCAUUGACAACACAGCUUUCAUGGAUGAGUUCUUUUCUGAGAUCGAGGAGACUCGGCUCAACAUAGACAAGAUCUCAGAGCACGUGGAGGAGGCUAAGAAACUCUACAGUAUCAUCCUGUCCGCACCGAUUCCUGAGCCAAAAACCAAGGACGACCUAGAGCAGCUCACGACCGAGAUCAAGAAAAGAGCCAACAACGUCCGGAACAAACUGAAGAGUAUGGAGAGACACAUUGAGGAAGAUGACGUGCGGUCGUCGGCAGACCUUCGGAUUCGGAAAUCCCAGCACUCCGUCCUGUCCCGGAAGUUUGUGGAGGUGAUGACCAAAUACAACGAGGCUCAGGUGGACUUCCGUGAACGCAGCAAAGGGCGAAUCCAGCGGCAGCUUGAAAUCACCGGCAAAAAGACCACAGAUGAGGAGUUGGAGGAGAUGUUGGAGAGUGGGAACCCCGCCAUCUUCACUUCUGGGAUCAUCGACUCUCAGAUUUCGAAGCAAGCCCUCAGCGAGAUCGAGGGGCGGCACAAGGACAUCGUGAGGCUGGAGAGCAGCAUCAAGGAGCUUCAUGACAUGUUCGUGGACAUCGCCAUGCUGGUGGAGAACCAGGGAGAGAUGCUAGAUAACAUAGAGCUGAAUGUCAUGCACACAGUGGACCAUGUGGAGAAGGCACGGGAAGAAACUAAAAGAGCCGUGAAGUACCAGGGUCAGGCCCGGAAGAAAUUGAUAAUUAUCAUUGUGCUAGUAGUUGUGUUGCUGGGCAUUUUAGCGUUGAUUAUUGGACUUUCCGUUGGGCUGAAAUAACGGUGGCCUGAGUGGCUGCUGCACUGAAAUAACCCGAUUUCACUCCAGCCUGGUGUGGCCACCCUUGUCUUCAGACGGGAAUGGAGUUUGAAUGGCCUUCCUGAGAGAGUGGGACCUGUCCCCUUGUCUCCUUGUAACCGUCCUUGGACCUGACCCAGCAAACAGUUUAGCCCGGAUGAAGCUAAUCUACCUGAUGCGACCCUGAGUUCUCCUCAAAACCUUCUCCUGCCCCAACUCUGAAGUGCCUUCUCUCCUGGACUGUGCAAACCACCCCAGCUUCUCUUUCUUUCCUCUGAAUGUGUCAAAUUAUGCCUUGCACCUUGGAAAGCCUAUUCAAAACCUUCUCAAGGUGCUGUAUUUUCUACCUCAUGGAGUAUUCUCCCAGAAAUUGCAGUGUAUUUUUUUAGGGGGGCAUCUUUAACAAAGCAAAGGGAUUCUUCCAAGUGUGGCAACAAUAAGACUUGACUUGAGCCUUUCACUUGGCAGGAUCUCAGUCCUUACAAUUUCUUGUCCCCACAUCUUGAAAAUAUGAGGAACUGGCAGAUGUCGUUUUGGUCUUAGAAGCUGACUUAUUUGAAAUUCAAUCUUAAAUUAAGCUCUUAGUAUGUUUAGCUUGGUGACCAACUUCAAUCUUUAUGUCGUAAUCUCUCGUGUUUACUCUAGGGGGCACCAUGAUGAUCCUAGAUAAUCCACGAUGAGGUUACCAUUUGUAAAGGUUAAGGGUAUGGGGUAUUUGUUUCCCAUAUCGAACUCUUGGAAACUGGCUGUUCUCCAUUGGAGUGAUGCUUUGUGAAGCCAUUGCCUUGAGGCCAGAAAUAACCAGGCACUUAAAAUUGGGCCAGGGACAGGUGCUUGAGUCUCAGGCUCUGGAAAUGAUCAAGACUGGUGCAAAUAUACAGUCACUCAUUUCAUGUAUUCCAGAUGUAUUUUUAUAACCAUGUGUGUGAGAUAUAUAUAUACAUAUAUGCCCAUGUCUCUCAGGAAGUAGGAAACUAGAAAUGGAGGAUAUUAUAACCUCAAAAAAAAAAAAUAACCUUGAGCUAGGCUAAAAUUUAGGUAAGAGACAUUUGCUUAUCUGCAAAUGAAUCAGAGUAGAAAUAUCUUCCCGUGUCAUUUAAAAACCUUGUUUUAUGGAUGAGUACUGGGACGAUCAUGGAUCUCUGGGGUAGGGACUAAGUUGACCCCGUUAAGUUAUUCUGCUUAGCAGACAGAAGGUGUGACAAGUUUUGGUACCUCUUCCCACCAGUGCAUUGAUGAGGCUUGUCCUGAGAAUAUCCCAUAGCAAUCUGAGAUCAUUCAUGUGGCCUUUGGAUGAUCCUGUUGUCAGGGCUGAGUCAGUUGGGGGAGAUCAGGGACUACCGAGUAAUUCGUCCACUACCAGUUUGACAAGCUUGAUAGGUUCUUGGUCUCCCCCUGUUCUUGUCAUGGAGGGAAGCAACAGCCAGGUAAUUUUCUAGUGACGGUCCCCUUAGAUUCCCAGUCUCUGCCAGUCUCCCUGAUUUAUAUUUCAGCCUUGACUUUCUAGGAUAGGGAGAGCACCCUAAUGCAGCCACAGCCCCUUGGCUUCCUCUGCAAAGGCUACUUACUCCGUCAUUGCCCAGCACUCAGACAGAGCCAAGGGGGUGCCCUCUUGCCCGUGGCUAUGAAGUCGAACAGCGGACUGGCUCCAGCAACAAGGGCAGACAAGCUCUAAUCACAGGCCUUUGUUGAGGCCUGGGGCUUAGUUUAAUACAAGUGAAGGGGUUUUUUGUUGUUGUUGUAUUUUUUUUUUAAUGUAAAGUUGAUUAUUUUAUUGAUAAUUUAAAAAUAAAUGACUUUAUAUUGAUUGCAAAA